AUGUGCGGAGGGAUCCUUCUCCAGCUGACAGCCACACCACGCCCGGAUCUCCUUUUUUUAAAGAGCCUAGCCGCUGGCAGUGAUUGGAAGAAGCCGGGGUCGCAUCAGCUUUCGGGGGGCGGGGCCCAGGCCGCAUUGUCUCGGCCCGGGCCAGCGGGGUGCCCCAGGGGCCGGACCGCACCGCCCCUGGGAUGGGGGCUCCGAGGUGGGAAGAAAGCAGUUUGUAGCCCAACCAAGUAGUUAUGGAAACCCACUGAGAAGACCUUAAUCUGCAAAGUCCUCCCUAUGACAUCUAAAUUUAAGUUUGUAAAAACUGUAACUUCAGAAGCCAAAAACCUAAGGGAAACACCUUAUGCUGGGCAUCAUGCUCCGGUCCUUCAAACAUUACACCAUCAUUUUAGCUGGUGCAGGCCUCCUGUGGUUUCUCAUCAGUUUGGGAACCCCAAAGAUAAAUGAAGACAUCUAUCUUCUGGAAACAAAGCGGUCCAUGCACCAGAAGUUCAGCUCCAAGAGUGAGAAAUACCUUCGGGAAAACUCAUACAAUGUCCCAAGCAGAGUCUCCCAUCUCACCUACCAAUACCUGGCUGGAGCCCUGCCCCUCAAAAAAAAAAUUCUUACUGUGGGACUGUCCUCAAUGCAGAAUCCUACAGGAAGAUAUCUCAUGAGUACUUUGAGGUCUGUGUUCAGAGUUUCCUCCAAGAAUGAAUUGAAGGACAUCACAGUGCUUGUCCACUUAGCCGAUUCUGACCCUGAUUGGCUCAACGAGACAGUCAGCAUCAUCGCCAGCCACUUCACCCCACAGAUCCUCCAAGGGCAGCUGCUUGUGAUCCAUGCCCCAUCUGCUGCAUACCAGCACUUGUGGGACCAGCCAUACACAGUCUUUAAUUUCUCUGACAUAAAGACCUUCCAGUCUAAGCAGAUGUUGGAUUAUGCCUUUCUCAUGAGCUUUGCUGCCAACCUCUCUGACUACUUCCUCAUGAUCGAGGACAACAUCUGGUGUGCCCACCACUUUCUCACUACUAUCCAGCAGGAAAUAGAAGCCAGAAAGGAUAAACCAUGGACAAUCAUAGAGUCUGCCAACCAUGGCUUAGUUGGCAAGCUUUGCCAUUCCAGGGAUCUCCCCAAGCUGGCAGGUUUCCUCCUCCUUUUCUACCAGGAUGAGUCCCCUGAUUUGCUUCUCUUCCAUUUCCGAAGCCUUCAGGGCCAGCAGGAUCCCAUCCAUAUAAGCACCUUCCUCUUUUACCAUUUUGACAGCUCCUCUUCUUUCUUGACUCAUGACCUCUACACAUGUGAAAAACCAGACAGUGAGAAGUUUCAAGAGCAUAACUUUGACAUUCCGGAUAACCCACUUGCAUUCAUCUAUACUGAUAUGCAGACUCUUCAGAACUAUUUGCCCCAAAAUGCUUAUAGCCUGGAUGAAACAUUUUUUUUGACCCCAGAUGCUCUGCCUGGACACCAACUGACUGUAAUCCUGGAUAAGGGUUCUAAUAUGAUUCGGGUGCAGGUGCUGACAGGUACAGCUGUAGAGAAGCUGCAGAGUUUGGAGGGGAAAGUGGAGUUGGGUUCUAAUCCCACUGGGGAAUCAAAACAUUGUACCAAGUAUAUCUUUCUGGGACAGCUGUGGGAUGGGCAGUUGGACUGCAGGGUGAAACACAGACAGACAGGACACAAUGUGAGCUGUGUGCGACUUGUAGUGACCAGUCCUAAGCCAUGGGUCAUGGUCAGACACAUCAACAUCUGGGUCAGUCAUGAGGACUUGUAAGAGAUGGAAGGAACCCAGCCUGGAGAUUGAGUUGACAUAGGUAACAGAGAAUUAAAAAUCUUGAAACCA